AUGGCAAACCUCACAAAGCAGCCAUCUCUCACGCUCUUGAGCCUUCCAAACGAGAUAAUAGAUCAAAUCUUCGAAGAAUGCCAUGUUUCAGCCCAUUUCAACCUCGCUCUCGCAUGCCGUCGACUAGCGGGAUGUGGGAAACCCUUCUUGCAGCGACACAAAGCUGCAUACCAGGAACACGGCGUUGUCUCUGACCUUGAACCUUUGACUCUGCCACUCCUCCUGCAGAAAGUCGUGCGCGAUCCGUACGUUGCCUGGAACGUGAGAUCUAUCGAGAUCUGGGCUACGCGUGACGAUUGGUACGCCUGGGGGUCGAUUCCCCUGGAGGUACCAGCACACAUAGCCGCCCGCCCCAUGUCCAUUAGACCAUACGGGUAUAAUUAUUAUUGGGAUGAAAUCUUCCAGAACGAAAUCGAUGAUCCACCGCAACUGACGGAAGAGCAACUGGACGUCUACCUCGAUCUGUUGCGUGAGCAUGCUCAUUUCGAUGAAGGUGACCUAGAGGAAGCUCGAGCCGAUUUCUCCGAUGGAGCCGAUUUCUUCUAUAAAAUCUUGUUGAUCUUGCUAUGCCCUCGGUUGAAUAGUUUCAAGCACGUCAACAUCAAUGACCCAUUUAUAUGUGAUAAUGGCGGAAAAGAGAUGUUCUCAUGGCUAUCAGUCAUCAUCCCAAGAAGUCGUGAAAAACAAUCAUGGGCACCAGGUCUCAAAAGCCUAAGAGAAGUCGCACUUCGUGUUCAACCUGGCCUUUGGUUUAGAACUGGCGAACACAGAGAGUUGUAUCCAAGAGAUAUCUUUACAAGCGUCAUGAUGCUUCCCAACCUGAAGUCCGUUUACUUUGGAGAAUUCAACACAGAGCCUGUCGGUCAGCGGCCGGAGGAUCGAAUCCCCACACGAUAUUGCGGACUCUCUGGCAGUUCUUCCAUCGAGCACAUCUUUCUAGAUCAUAUGGACCACAGCCUGAUGUUCCUUGAUAUAAAUCAGGAAUUUUUCCAAUUUCUUAAGGUACCUAAGAACCUCAAAAGCCUAACAAUAGGAGGCUUCUUCUGCCAUGUUAGUCAGGUUGAGAAAUAUAUCGGUAUGGAUUACCUCGGCCCAUCUCUCGAAAGCGUGAUAGAGUAUUCCGGCAGGAACAUAUCUGGCCUCUUUCAGCCUUUCAUCAUGGUUCCGAUAUCUAAAAGGCUGUCCCGGAUGACUAUUAACAUCUGGAGCUUCAUAUCCAGGCUCUUCCAACCCAGAUGGGACAUGACACACUCUGAAAUGAGGGAAGAUUGGAGAGAUUCAAAAAUCCGUGUCGAAAUUGAGAACCGCUUGACAGAAGCAUUUCCCAAGACUUCAGAGGUGCUGUUAUUCCAUAAAGGCCGGGACCGGAGCAAGCGCAAAAUUACCAUCAACGUGGAAAUCCUCGAAGAGAUCCUGAUUCAACUUGUGCGAUGCAAAGAACAUUAUCCUGCGCUCAAGGCCAUAGGUAUUCAACAACAACGAGACGAUCCAGACCAACACACUUUUGACGACUAUCGCUUUUCGAGGCUGGUCGAAGUUUGUUGGGCGAUAGGCGUGGACGUUUACAUACGGGGAAAUUCGCGCCCACUACGACAUCAACUGGACAUGCCGAUGCAGCCCACCAUAUCAUCCUUGAGGGGAGUAGAAGCGCAGGAUGAAGGUACCAACAAGAUCUUGGAUCCCUUCACUGGCAAAUGGGUGAAAGAUAUGUGGGAGAUGGGGGUUGAGGGUUGA